AUGAGAGGAAUUUCACUACUUCGGUACUUGAUAGUUUUCUUUUUGAAAGACACUAUAGCGGCUGGCUCACCGGAGGUAAAUGAAUAUGAAAGCGCUAUAUCACAACUACAUCAGAUUGAAGCCAGUCAUCAAAAAGAGUUCGUGUAUUCCGCAGAUAACAUAGAAGACAAUCUACGGAUACCGGCAUAUGAUCCAGUAAAGAGGCAAUACAAACAGAAGAAGCACAGAUUACAAACACCCCCACAACUAACGAAUGAUGUGAUUCCACUACUAAAAAUUGCAGCAUCAAAGAAUAAUUCAAAAGCGCUAAUAACAUUGGGUGACUUGUACUUAUUUGGGAAUUUCUCUUUGCCAACCGAUUAUCAAAAGGCAAAAGACUAUUAUGAAAAAGCAGUGGCUGUUUGGCCAGAUGCCCAUGCAUAUUUUAUGUUGGGAUUCAUUCAUUCGACAGGGCUUUUUGGCGAGUUCCCUGUUGAUCAAAAACGUGCCAACUUGUUUUACCAAGUAGCGGCAGAAAACGGAGAUAUGAACGCAUUGCAAGUUGUUGCCUAUAGGAAUUUGAAAGGAGUAGGAGUACCGUCCAAUUGUGAGUUGGCAUUACCGUAUUAUUCAAAACUACUGAAGAUUGGACAUGAUCGAGAAAGUGAUACCAUUACUCAUAUUGACUACAAUAUCAGAGUCUCUGAUUUCAAUGGGGGCCUAUUUGGCGAAAAAUUAAGUGAAACGACAUCCUCUAUUGAAUUACCGUCAAGGAUGUUUGCCGAGUAUAGGACGAAGAUUGAAGAGCAAAAAUUGAAUGCAAAUGACCAUGUGUACGCAACUUAUUAUUACAAUGGUCUCGAGUACUUAAAGGGAGAUUACUUUAGUGAAAGAGAUUUACCAAGAGCUUUCCGAGAAUUUCAAAAAUGUGUGACUUUAGGUGAAGAACUUUUCGGUUCCAGGAGAUAUACAAAUGUUGACAGGCUAGACCGAGUAUUUUUAAGCUCUUGCCAAGUUAACCUAGGACGCAUGUAUUUGGAAGGCUUGUUUGUCGAAAAAGAUGCGCUGAAAGCACAACAACUAUUUCAAACGUCUUUGAAGCUCGAAGUCACACCAGAAGCCCUCACUCACCUUGGAUUCAUUGAAGAGCAUGGACUUGUAGGUGAAGCAAAUCAAACCAAAGCAAUAGAGUACUACACCACUGCAUCUAACCAAAAAAGUCGUUCAGGCUCUAAAAAUUUGGCAAAGUUGUUAAUGAACAUGAACGGCACAGAUUUUGUUGAGUCUAAUGAGCAAAGAGCUCUAAUUUACAAGCAUAUGCUACAAGCAGCAUACUAUGGAAGCACAGAAGCGUUGUACUAUGUAGGAACAUUUUUUGAAUCAGGGUUGUCACAGUUAGUGGACCCAGAAGAACAAGUAACUUGCCCAAAAAUUGCUCUAUAUUACAGGGAAUUCAUAAAAAGACUUACUUCGUUCUAUGCACCUCAUUUAAAGUAUGCUUUUGAAGAGCUUGCAAGUGGGAAUUUUGAAAAUGCCCUAGUUGGAUACCUGAUUGCUGCAGAACAGGGCUUUGAGCAAGCUCAGGUUUCAGCGGCUUACUUGUUGUACCAGUUACAACCAUACUAUACUAGAGAAGAGACGAAAACGUUUACUUCAGACAGAUUGAGUUUGGCAGUGCAAUAUCUCGACAGAGCAUCGAAACAAGACAAUGUAGAUGCCACAAUUCUUUUAGGGGACAUAUUCAAGGGACAAGACCAACAUGCACAAAUUGAACCUGAUUAUGAAAGGGCAUUCAAUUACUAUAGAAUUGCAGCAGAUAGACAUUCGUCGCAUGGCGCUUUCAAGUUAGCUGAGAUGUAUGAGUACGGUUUAGGCACUGAGAACCGUUCAGUAGACUAUUUUUUGGCCAAAAGAUACUACGAUCAAAGCUUACAAUACAAGGAAAAAUCUGAUUUAGAUCACAGAACGAUACAUUUGAAACCGACAUACAGUAGUGCACACAUAAACUGGGCUCUUUUGCGUUUAAGAUUCAAGCAUCUUUUCAACAAAGGCGGAGCCAAUAACCGGAUGGAAGAUCAAGCAAACGGCUGGUUCAGUGCUUUGAAGUCAUUAGGAACAAAGACAGCUAGCGAACAACAGACGACCCAACAAAGGGAGUCAUUAGCUAAAGCGGACUCGCAUCAUUACGGCACUUCCUACGACACUGAAUUUGUGGAAAAUUAUGAUAUUGGUGACUACUUGGUUAUCUCAUUGACCUUCAUGUUCUUUCUUGUAUUCUUUGUCCAAAAUAUUAUCCGACAAGUGAGACGGAUGCGGAAUGGAAAUCAAGAGAGACGCGAGCAGGAUGAAGUAAGAGAUGGAGCCCGCUGGAAUGGAAAUCAGUUCCACUUUAGAAGAGGUAAUUUUGAGUUUCACUUCUUUGCAAUAUGA